AUGUCCGGAAAACCACCUGGCAAAGGAACUAAGGUCACCCUCGGCAAAAAUGCCCCUAUAUCUAAGGAGGCAACCGGUGUCGUAACCAAGGAUUCCCUCGCCGCAGAAUCACAAACAUUCCUCCAAGCCAACGAGACAGAGCCUCAGCCAAUUAGCCAUGAGGAAUUAAUAUCCGCCAAAAAACCCGACGAGGGCGGCAUUCGCCAAGAUUCCACUACCAACACAUCGGGUCAGGGUCCGAGAAACGCUGAACCAGCGCCUACGUACGUACUGAACCAGUACGUUAAGUACCCAGGAGGUCCGCACGGCAAGAACCUGCAGGAGGACGAUAGCAUCGGCGCAGAGGCAGAGGACAAGAAAAAGAACGCGAGCUACUCUAAGACCUUCACCCAGAAAGACCCCGGGUUGGCUGCUGAGAAAGGAUUCCUCUCUAAGCCAACAAUUUCUGGCACUCCCGCUGGACGUGAGAAGCAUGUGGAUAAUCAACAGCCGUAUGCUGGAUUGGACGAGGACACUCAGGCAUGA